AUGUUGGUGGGUAGAGGACUGUAAACAGAAUUUUUUUUUACGGAGAGACUUUACUCUAUUUUGACAUUAUUUGUAGUGUAACGGGACCAGUGCAAACGAUCCAAAAUGUCGGCAUUUGACGCAUUGAAUAACAAGCAGCCGCCGAUUCAGUCGACGGCUGGAGCUGUGCCUAUCCGCAAUGAAAAAGGUGAAAUUUCUAUGGAGAAGGUGAAGGUAAAGCGAUAUGUUUCUGGUAAGCGUCCCGACUAUGCCCCUAUGGAGUCCUCGGAUGAGGAAGAGGAAGAUUUCCAGUUUGUUAAAAAGGGUAAAGAGGCUGAACCAGAGAUGGAAGUGGAAGAGGAGGAGAAAUCAGAUCCUCGUCUUCGACGUCUCAUGAAUCGAGUUUCUGAAGAUGUUGAGGAAAGGCUUGCAAGACACAGACAGAUAGCAGAGCCAGAGCUGAUUGCUCAAAGCAGUGAGGAUUCAGAUGAAGGAACGUGGCAUCCUGAACGAGAGGAGAGCAGCGAAGAGGAGGAGGAAGUCGAUGAUGAAGAAAUUGAGAGGAGGAGAGCACUGAUGCGUCAGCGUGCACAAGAAAGGAAGAACGAGGAUAUGGAGAUCAUGGAGGUGGAGGAGGAGGGAAAGUCUGGAGAGGAGUCUGAAUCUGAGUCGGAGUAUGAGGAAUACACAGACAGCGAGGAUGAGGCUGAGCCUCGGUUGAAGCCUGUGUUCAUCCGAAAGAAGGACAGGGUGACGGUGGCAGAACGAGAAGCAGAGGAGCAGAGACAGAAAGAGCUGGAAGUUGAAGCCAAAAAACAAGCUGAAGAGAGACGACGCUACACGCUGAAGAUUGUCGAGGAGGAGGCCAAGAAAGAGUUUGAGGAGAACAAACGGACUCUGGCUGCUCUUGAGGCUCUGGACACAGAUGGAGAAAACGAGGAAGAGGAGUACGAAGCCUGGAAAGUCCGAGAACUGAAGCGUAUUAAGAGGGACCGAGAAUCCAGAGAAGCAUUGGAGAAAGAGAAAGCGGAAAUCGAGAGGUUUCACAAUCUUACAGAGGAAGAGCGCAGAGCAGAACUGCGCACCAACGGGAAAGUCAUUACCAACAAAGCCUCAAAGGGCAAAUACAAGUUUCUGCAGAAGUACUAUCACAGAGGAGCUUUCUUCAUGGAUGGCGAGCAAGAUGUCUUCAAGAGAGACUUCAGCGCUCCAACUCUUGAGGACCAUUUCAACAAAACAAUCUUACCCAAAGUCAUGCAGGUCAAAAACUUUGGACGUUCUGGACGGACCAAAUACACACACUUGGUGGAUCAAGACACCACUUCAUUUGACUCAGCCUGGGCUCAGGAAAGUGCUCAGAAUAGCAAGUUCUUCAAACAGAAGGCAGGGGGCGUGAGAGACGUGUUUGACCGGCCAACAGUACAGAAGAGGAAGACAUAAUCCUGUUCAUCACGCCAGAAAGAGCAAAUUCAGCUCAAACAAGGACACUUUUUUUUUUACUUUUCCCCUCCUCUACAUCACUCUCUGUUUACUAGUGUCUUGUGCAGAAGUAGGAGAAAUCUCAUAACAAAGACAUUCGAUGUUUAUUGCAGUUGAAAUCCAGUACAUCUAGAUAAUGUUUGAUUGCGUGUACAGAAUUGAGGCUUUUGUUUCACUUUCUAAAAGAAAAAAAAAAUGUACUUUUAGUUGUUUUAUGGUAAUAAAUUACUGUGACACUGA